AUGCUCUGUGCACAGCAUCAAGAAGAAGUCCAGGAAAAUUGUGUCCGCUGGAAAAAGAAAUUCACCUUUGUGUGUAAAAUGAGUGCCAACCCAGCCACAGGACUCCUGGACCCCUGCAUCUGCCGGGUAUCCGUCCGUAAGGAGCUGAAGGGCGGAAAAACCUACUCCAAGCUGGGCUUUGCUGAUCUAAAUCUGGCAGAAUUUGCAGGCUCUGGAUCGACUGUUCGUUGCUGCUUGCUGGAAGGAUACGAUACUAAGAACACACGACAGGACAACUCCAUCCUAAAGGUCACGAUUGGGAUGUCUCUGCUCUCAGGGGACCCCUGCUUCAAAACGCCGCCUUCCACCGCCAAAUCCAUUACUAUACCAGGGCAGGAUUCUACCCUGCAACUUACCUGCAAGGGUGAAGGAACCACAAGCAGCAACAGCAGUUCAGCCACAAUUGGUUCUCUGCGUCAGACCAAGCCAAGAGCAACCAUUCUCAGCUCGGCAGGUGUCCCUGAAGAACCAGAUCAGAAUCUGUCCAGCCCAGAGGAAGUCUUCCACUCAGGGCACUCACGGAACUCCAGCUAUGCCAGCCAGCAGUCCAAGAUCUCUGGUUACAGCACGGAGCAUUCCCGUUCUUCUAGUAUGUCUGACCUGACCCAUCGCCGGAAUACCUCCACCAGCAGUAGUGCAUCCGGAGGGCUGAGCAUGACGGUGGAAUGCCCUGAGGGAGAGCGGGACCACAAACUAGAGAAGCCACCUCGCCCCCCCAGACCAGCUCUUCUGCUGGACAGACCUUCCCGGAGAAAAAAGGAUUCAGUGGAGAGUCACCCAACCCGUGUGGAUGACACCAGGAUUGAUGCAGAUGAUAUAGUGGAGAAAAUAAUGCAGAGUCAGGACUUCACAGAUGUCAGCAAUACUGAAGACAGUAACCUGCGGUUGUUUGUGAGCAGAGAUGGAACAACUACACUGAGUGGUAUUCAGCUGGGAAACAGGGUCUCAUCUGGAGUUUACGAGCCAGUGGUGAUUGAAACCCAUUAAAUGUGAAGAACAGGGUAGAGCUGCUGGAAACGGGCCCCCUACCCAGUCUGCUGCCACAUGGAUGCCAACCUUUACCUCUCUUCAUGCAGCAUUCCAGAAGGGAUUUCUCCAUGCCCCUCCCCAUAUGUUUGCACUGCAGAACUACUCCGAGACCACUCCAGAUCAUGCACUUUCCCUGUGUUGGCAGUACCCUCCUUCACUUCCCAGUUUUUCCAGUGCCUGCCCUCCCCGUUUGCAAACAGACACAAAGUGUCUGCUGGACUUAUCCUUAGUCCUAGAGCAUGUUGCUCUUCUGCAUCCCUCACUGCACCCAUCCCUUUGCAAAGGGGGAUAUCUCAGCUUGUCUCCCCAAAACAUUGGGUUGUGCCACUGUGAACUCUUCAAACCACUUGGGGGGGAACCAUUCUAACCAAACCAAGAGCUGCUUGUUGGUGACACGGUGAAACGGUUACUUGCAGGAUGCUUUAUUCCAUUGACUGCAAGGGAACAUCACCUUCUAAGGCAACAGUUUUAUUGAGCAAGGUAUGCAGUGGUGUACACUUCCCCUUCUUACACUUAAAACCCCAAAAAUCUUUUUUCUCAUAGGAAAUAUCUCCCAAAAGUGCAUUUCAGAAAAUUACCACAAUCCAGAUGGGAGUUGAUAAAUGGUUAAAUGCUAGUGCUUGUUAUACCACUAACUGUAUUACACCCUUCCACUGCUGGGCAUGGAAGGGUAGUGUUCAGCUAUUAGCAUUAGCAGGAGCACUUUAGAGGUUCCGGAUUUUACCUGGAGGAGCCUUGUCUCUGUUCUUCCAGGAGAAUAAUCUGUGUUUGCUGGGUUGAUUCAGCAAAUAGUCACUGUUGAAUCUUGGGGUACAAUGCCUCCUUUUUGGCUUAGGAAGGGAAUUGCUCUUCUUGGACUGUGAAAAGAUUAUCUCAUGGCCAUCCCUUGGGCCAGAGCGGGAUGCAGUUGUCUGCAGUGGUCUCUUUGGUUUGGUGGUUAACAAUUGCCUCUCCUGGCUUGGGCUGGUAAGGUAAUUGGUGCUGGUUGUCCUUUCUUGACUUGUCAGUAAGAAUCUAUGCCUGAGCUGAUUCUUUCUGGGACUGGGGAAAAGCUCUGCUUGUAGGGCAAGAUAAACCCGCUACCUUCACCUUCAAAGGUAGAUUGGAUAUUUUCUGCUGUUCUCUCUACAGCAGCAGUUCUUACCCACUCUGUGGAGAGUCAACUUUUCUGACAAGGUUUCAAGCUUUUCUGGCUGAUCCUUCAAUUGAUCCUCUUUGGGUUUUUCUGCAGUUGUUUGACACUUCAGCUGCCUCUUUUCCUCACAGUGAGCAGCAGAGAUGUCAGUCCCUUUCAGCUCUCACUCACAGAUUCUCCUGGCAGCUGAAUUGCAGAUGAGGAUCUAUGCAGCCUUCAGCCACGGGCUGUCAGCAGGCUGUGCUUACAGCCUUUCCUGCACGGAGACUCGUGGCCUGUAAGCUAUUUCUGUGUGGUAUCCUUUCCUCUUUUGCCGGUGUACUGUAGUAGCACCCAGCAGCCGUGCACUUUGAGUAAUGGCACAGGCACGAUCCUGGCAUGGUCAGAACAUGCCCUUCUCUGACACACGUGUGCAUGCACACUCUCACAGGCACGCACUUGUCUCAUUCAGUGAGGAAAGACUUGUAACUGAUCACAUUGUUGUUCAAAUUCUUAAUUAUUGUAAAGCCUUUUUAAAAGGACAAAAAAAAAAGGAUUAAUUGUGGUCUAUGUGGCCAGAACGCAUGCAGAUGAGCUACUGGAAAAGGGAAUUUGGCAGAAUGGGGGAAGAGGAAUGAAAGAGCCUUGAUAUUUUUUGCCCUGUUGGCUAAGGGUGGCUGUAUGGGGAGGGUGCUAGGCUGUGUGGCAGAGCUGUACAGCUGCUUACUGUGUUUUGAUACUUUCUCUCCUCAAGUCAAGAGGCUUCUUUCUGUAUUUGCAAUGACCACACGUAAGACAUAGAUCUUUUUCACCCCUUUCCCUUCAAAGGGAAUUAAAUCUGGAUCACGGUUACAAGGGGUACGGAAAACACUUAGGUUUGGUUUAAUGUAGGGAAGCGAUAUUGGAUCUUUUGAUUCUGUCUGCAACAAAAGCUCUUUCACGCUUUCUGGUGUUUUAACUGUGAUCUCAGACUGGCAGGUUUGGCACUCGCUUGCAGGCUGGGGAGCUUCCUGCUCCCUCUGGGUGAGAGGUGCCCUGUUCCAGGGCUUCUGCGUGUGUGUAGGAAAGGGAAAGCUGACGGCUUUUCUUCUUUCCUGGGGCUCUGCCAGGAAGCUGGGCCUCUCCUGACUGUCUGCUCAGGUCAGUGCAAGGGCAGAAGUAUACAAACAGCAUACAAACAGCACUGUGUGUUCUUGCCUAGCCCGCAGGUAGCAGUGGGAGCUGGUUGUCCAGCUGCUCCCAACGUGGCAUCCACUGGAAAUCAGGUCUGGGGCACUGCCAGAGUUGCAAGAGAAACAACCAGAACUUGGGAAAAAAAGCAAAAAUAAGGCAGGAAAGAGGCCAAACCCAUCUCGGUUCUCCUGCUUUGCUUCUAUUCACAUGGAAAACAAUGAUAGUUAGUGUCAGAGCAAUUGGGAACCAAGGGUUUUCUUCUGGGCUUCAUUUGGCAAGAGUCUGCUGCCCUGAGACACCAGCAGCUAGACAUGCUGUGAAAUCCACUGUGGGACAGAGGAGGGAUCUCUGCAGCAAAGCAAGAAGAGCUGAGCUAUAAAGCUUCCCAGGCUGGCAGAGUUAUAACCUGCUCCAUCGUGUAAUUGUGGCCAACCUGGAAGAGUCUCUUGCUUCUCUUCCAGCAGCUUGGCACAUCACUGCUUGCAUUUUGGAUAGCUGUGUCUCAUGGGGUUUCUCUUUCUUGUUCUACAUUGUUAUUGACUGCACAGGUCUUGGUCUGUAUGUAGGUUUUUAGCUCUCCCACCCCUCAUUUUGAACAAGAAGGCAGCCCUUGUCAUGGGGCCUAAUACAGCACAACCGAGGCUGGAGUGCCCAGGAUGGAGCCAUGCAAAGGAGGAAGGAGCAGCCUGCUUCUAUCUCCAGCCCCCACCUGAGGCUGUUGCCCUGCCCCUGGCCAGCAGCAGGGACACCAGGUGCUGGGAAGCUGCAUCUUCCUCCUUACUGGCAUUGCUGCCAUCUGUUCCGUGUUGGACUUUGAGCAUUUAAGAAGUAAAUCAGUUUCCAGACCCAACCCGCUGGCUAGUUUCCUUUAGGUUGGUUAGUUUUUUUUGUCUUGAAGUUCAUUAAUUUUUUUUUAUAAACCCAGCAGGCUGGUGUAUUUUCUUUUGAUUGCAUUAUUGUUUCAUUGACGUUUUAUUCCUGGGGGGGGGCCAAGAGAGAACUUUCUUCCCCAUGUUGUUUCCCAUCUCAGGGGAUUCAGAGGUGACUUAGACGAGUUAAAGGACCUUAUUGGCAAUGAACACCCCACGUCCCUGGCCCUGGUGAGCAGAGCUGGCUCUGUGCUCCAGGCUGAGGGCCAGGCAGAACGUGUGGGCUCUGCUCUCGGCUCCUGGACCUCUGGUGGAAGCCUCAUGUAAAGGCUUGGGAAAUUCAGUGUCGUUUGGGUAUUUCUGUCUUUGUUUUUUACUAACUUUUAAAGACCAGUUUGAACUGAGUGCAUGUCCGAAGGGAUAGGCUUGGUUGUGACUUGGUGAAGGAAAAGAGGAUCAUUUAGAAACAGUGGUUGGGGAAAAGAGGUGGGGGGGGAGGGGGAGAAGGAUGUUGCUCCUCUGUUUUUUGGGGUUUCUUUUGUUUGUUUGGGGAAUGGUUGGCACUUUAAAUAGGGGGGAGGCAGGGAGGGGAUUUGUGCUGUCCUUAAUGGGAUUCAUGCUGUCCUUAAGUGAUGGGCAGUAAGUUUGUGAUCUGUUGGUUUUGUUUUUUUCCCCCCUUAUUGCCACAUCUCUUUGCCCCCUGCAGAAAGUUAAAGCCCUUUUCUUUUAACAUUUGCUUCAGUUUUUAGAGGGUUCUGAACUGGGCUGAGACCCGAAGGAACGUCUUUCACCCCAAUCUCAAUAGGAAGGGUUGACAUUUAUUAUAAUUCUUCUUUUUUUUUUUUUCUAAUAAUUUAUUUGGUUGUCGCUGUUUUUUUUUCUUUUUAAAAACUGGUGGCUGUGCAGCUGGACUCUGCACACGCUGUUGUGAACCUCUGGGAUAAACCUCACUCCAGGUACGCUAGAGCACCGAGGUGAAAGAAAACCCCUCCUGGAGAGGGGCUGCCUUGCCCUCCCCUCACUGCCUUACCUGGGGGCUGCAAACUCACCCCCCACCCCCCUCAGCCCUUCCCUCACCCCUCCUGUGCUUUAGCUGAAUAAUACCCUGGUGACUGAGCCCUGUGGACAAGGCUGGUCCCCAGGGGUGAGUUACAGCAAACACUGCCUGGUAGCAAGUGUUUGUGCUGCAAAACCACUUCCUGGAUGCAUUGGGGGGGGGUCCAUGUAGAUUUAUCCCCCCCUUUUCCUCCCAAUGGGCUGAUGGGGGAUGAGAGGAACAUGGGGUAAAGCUUCGAGCUCGAGGUGUGGCUGAGCCUAUUCACUUUGCCUCAACCCUAAGGAUUAAAUGGCAGAGCCCGUAUUUUUGUGGUGGGGGGGAGGGAAGGGGAGAUCCUGCUUUAUUUUCGUGAGGGUUGUUGAGCCGGGUGACGUUUGGAAACUCGAUUUAUAUCAGAUUCUAUAGAGAGAUGGCUGAUAUUUUUGGAAAGGGAACGGCUCUAUGCAAACAUCCACCAUCGUUAGAAGAGAGCAAAGUAAUGGUGGUGGGCUCUGAGUUGGUCGGUUGGUUUUUACUUUGAAAUCUUAAUAAAUCUCUUUAACUUUUUCUUUCCUUUCUUAAAGCAAAAAGGUGUUUAGAAAGAAACGCUGCUCCACUGCUGUGUGUAAUGGUGAUGGUGGCAGCUCGGGGCUGGCGGGCAGGGCUUGUUUUGCACCAUUUCUGUCUGGUUUGGGUCUUGUUUCUUGUCAGGCCGCUGUGCCGUCAUCGAUCCAACAGGCCGUGUUUGUAUCUUCUGUAUCUGGUUCCUAACGUAGAGAAAUAACAAAUAUAUGAGGAAAUCAAUAUCAUGGCAGACGUUGUUUAUUGGGUUCGGGGGAAAUAAAGGUUGUUUUUUUGGUACUUCACACCGAU